AGAUUGGUCCCCAGGCAGGCCUUGUAGGGCAGACCGAAAGUAGUUGAUCAGUGGUGGGGGGGGGGGGGGGAGGGAGGAAGAGAGUAGAGAUAAUCCCGGUCAAGGCUGAACGUCACAGACCCGGUCCCAUUGAUGCAGUCAUUCCUGUUCUUCUUGUUCUUCUUGUCAUUCUCGUCAUUCUUGUUAGUGCAGUAUAAGAUCCCAGCUAGGUCGGUCAGCAGCUAUUGUUUCCCAGAAAAGAACCACCUCUUUCUCACCGAGUGGGUCGGGCUGUACUCCAAAAGAGAGCGAAACCCAUGGUGGGCGGCCGUAAGGCUGCAGGAUAAGAAUACCAUGCAGGACGAACAGCCAGCUCCGUUCUCCUUGAAAUCCCCCGGAACGAAGUGCUAAGGGGGGUCAGUGAUUGAUCAGUCGUCAUUAUACUUCCCCUACAAGACCUCCUGCAAAAGCCAUGGAAGAAGCAGAGCAUGCAAAUGCGAAUGUAUGUGUACUCCGUAGAAGGAAAA